AUGUCGAAGAAGCAGAAGUUGCUUAUGCGCACCAGGGACAACCUGGUCGAAUUUGUCAUGCGCAUCGAGCAGUACCUGAACAGCACCGUUCAGUUCGAUCAUCAGCAGGUCAUCAUACGCAUGGAAAAGCUCGAGCAGAAGUGGAAAGAAUUCGAAGGGGUAAUAGGCAACAUCGAAGGGUUAGAGGACAACGAAGACAACAUUCUACAGCAAUUGCGAGUGGAAUUCGAGGAAAAAUUUUACACGGUAAGGGGAGGGUUGACGAAUAAGUUAGCGAGACAGCAUGCAACACAAAACACACAACCUAAUAACAACACAUCGAAUGUACAAGCUGCGGUUCGACUUCCUCAAAUCAAUCUGCCGGAGUUCAACGGUGAUUUUGAAAAUUGGUUGCCGUUUCAUGACACGUUUGUGGCUUUGAUUGACUCUUCCGCCGAUUUGAGUAAUAUUCAAAAAUUUCACUACUUGCGUGCUUCUCUCAAAAGCGAUGCGUUGAAAUUGGUAGAUUCUUAUUCUAUGAGCUAUGCUAACUAUAUGGUUGCUUGGGAUGGUUUGGUGGCUCGUUUCUCAAACAACUAUCUUCUCAAGAAACGACAUAUGAACGCGCUUUUUGAAUAUCCGAGGAUAAAAAAGGAAUCUGCUGUUGCGUUGCAUGAUCUCAUCGAUUGCUUUGAGCGGAACACAAAAAUUUUGGAUCAACUUGGAGAGAAGACCAACGGUUGGGGUGCGAUGUUAGUGCAUUUGAUGGUUUCGAAACUCGACGAAAUUACGCAAAAGCGGUGGGAGGAAAACGUCCCACCGGAAAAGGAACCUACAUUUACAUCGCUGGUGCAGUUUCUUAAAAAGCAGACUCGAGUUUUGGAUGCAGUUUCUGUUGAUCAGCAUUUAUUCGUUCCGACUACGUCUUUGCCACAUAAUAGUUUCGAGCCUCGAAUGGCCAAGGUUUCGGUCAAUUCGGCGACUGAAAAUUUCUCCUCGAACUGUUUUGCCUGCCAAGACAAACAUUGGAUCUCUCGGUGUCCAGCAUUUGCGAAACUUCCUGUUGAUAAAAGGCUGCAACUCACCAACUCCAAGCGGUUAUGUAGUAAUUGUCUGGGACGAAAUCAUUUGGCUCGAGAUUACCCUUCAAAAUACCGAUGCAAAGCUUGCUCGAAGAAGCAUCAUUCGUUGCUGGACCCUGGUUUCCCUGGUUCUGGUUCUGGUCCCUCUUCUAAUAUCUCUCCAGCAGCGAAUGUUGACGUACAGUUACCUGGUCCAUCUUCAUCUGGUGGUGGUUCAAACCUUUCUACUACUGUGGGUCCUUCGACGGCAACAAUAUCAUCGAAUUUGGCGGUAGGAAAUACUAGGUCGCACGUGUUCCUGCAGACGGUGUUGUUGAAGGUGAAAGAUGCAUUGGGAAGGACGCACAUCGCACGAGCUCUCCUAGAUUCUGGCUCGCAGGCUAAUCUGAUGUCAAGGAGACUAUUUCAACUUCUCCGGCUUUCUCGACUGGAUAGGAAGGUGGUAAUAACGGGAAUCGGAGGAUCGCGCAGCCAAUCGGCAUUUGAAGUCUCCACCACAAUAUCUUCACGCGUCCAGAAGUAUUCGAUUGCAAUGGAAUUUCUGGUUUUGGAUAAAGUUACUGACGAUCAACCUUCACGGUCUAUUCCGUUGAUGCACUGGAAUCCUCCUUCCGAUAUAGCUCUAGCGGAUCCGGAAUUUUUUGUCUCGGCUCCGAUCGAUUUAGUGCUGGGUGCUCAAUACUUCUACGACUUUCUAGUACGCGAUGGUGGCCGGUUGCAGGUUCGAAAGUUUGGUAAUGCUCUUCCUGUGUUCGUGCAAACAAUAUUCGGAUGGGUUGCGACAGGUGAAUCCAAAUGCAUGGAUGAAAUAAGCAAUGUCAGUUGUCACGUAGCUAGAGUAGAACCGUUCGAGAAAACUAUCGAAAAGUUUUGGGCUUUGGAGGAACUUUCGAACAAAACACCAUAUUCGCAAGAGGAAGAAGACUGUGAGGCGACAUGA